AAUUUAUGUGGGGAUUGGGAGCCGCAGUUGAGAGCAUGAGCCAGAACGGGCUGUCAUUUCACACACGGGUCGCAUUGCUGCCCACCAUUCUAUCAUCAUGACCACCGGUGAGGACACAGAACCAUCCCUGUGGCCGGAUCGGGCCCAAACCAGCUUGACUGCACCGGCUCCGGCUGAUGGCACAUGCCUCGAGGAGGCAGAGGACCUGCCCGGUGGCCUUACUGGAAGUGGCGGAGCAUCUUGGGAGUCCACUGGCAGCGUGGCAGAGGUGAAGGAGAAUGUGCAGCUUCCAUAUCCGUCCCUUGCACCAGUGGUGUUCUUCUGGCUCCACCAGAGCACACGACCCCGCAGCUGGUGCCUUGCACUUGUGUGCAGCCCGUGGUUUGAGCGAGUCAGCAUGCUGGUGAUUCUGCUCAACUGCGUCACGCUCGGCAUGUUCCAGCCCUGCCAAGACCUGGAGUGCCACUCUGACAGGUGCAGCAUCCUGCAGGCCUUUGAUGAUUUUAUCUUUGCAUUCUUUGCUGUGGAGAUGGUGGUUAAAAUGUUGGCCUUGGGCAUAUUUGGUCCGAAAUGUUACCUUGGCGACACCUGGAACCGCCUUGACCUCUUUAUCGUCAUGGCUGGGAUGUUGGAGUAUUCUUUAGACGGUCAUAACGUUAGUUUCUCAGCCAUCAGAACCGUACGGGUUCUCAGACCAUUACGAGCCAUCAACAGAGUUCCCAGUAUGCGAAUCCUGGUGACGUUGCUGUUGGAUACUUUACCGAUGCUGGGAAAUGUCUUGCUGCUUUGUUUCUUCGUGUUUUUCAUCUUCGGGAUUGUUGGUGUGCAGCUGUGGGCGGGGCUUCUGCGCAACCGUUGCUUUUUUGACAGCAACAUCAGAAUGCAUAAUUAUAUCACCUCUGUGAGUGAAUACUACAGACUGGACGAAACCGAUGACGUUCCCUUCAUUUGCUCCACCACUCGGGACAACGGAAUGUUGCACUGCUUCAACAUCCCGAAGCGCAGAGUUGGAGGGGCUGAUUGUGAGCUCACGGCUGAUAAUGUCACCGAUCUUGUUUUCAAAGAUCCCCCUCAUCAUGGAUGUGUAAACUGGAACUUGUAUUACAACAAAUGCAAUGCAAGCGAACACAAUCCGCAUAAUGGGGCUAUCAACUUUGACAACAUUGGAUAUGCUUGGAUUGCUAUCUUUCAGGUCAUCACGUUAGAGGGAUGGGUGGAUAUCAUGUACUAUGUCAUGGAUGCCCAUUCCUUUUACAACUUCAUCUAUUUCAUCUUUCUUAUCAUUGUAGGCUCCUUCUUCAUGAUCAACCUGUGCCUCGUUGUCAUAGCAACACAGUUCUCCGAGACCAAACAACGUGAGAACCAGCUGAUGCAGGAGCAGCGGGCACGUUUUCGUAGUAACGAAUCCACCUUAGCUAGCCUGGCUGAACCGGGAUCCUGCUACGAAGAAAUGCUGAAAUACCUCGUCCACAUUUGCCGCAAACUUUUCCGACAUGCCACACGCCUCUAUGGCGAAUUAUGCCACAAGAGACGCAGGGGUGUGGCCAAUCCUAGCAGCUCCCUCCCAGUGGGCGGGACUAAUGGAUAUUGGAGUGACAAUGGGACAAAGAUGGGUCCGACCCAAUACUGUAUGCUGCAUUAUCAUCAUCCCCAUCAGCAUCAACAUUACAUCAACAAUGGCAUAGAAAUGAAAACACUCCAUCUCGAUAGAGAUGCUCAGAAUUCCAAAAAGACCCCAUCGCUCCCUCUUGCACUACAAAAUUUGAAGGGUUUGAGGCUCGGUAUGAACUAUCCCACCAUCCUGCCCUCCAAACUAUACGCAAAAUCACAUACUCGCUCACACUCGACAGGUGGAGUCAAAGCACCGGCUUUCCAUCAUGGACUCUACGGCAGGAAGAUCUCCGUUUGUAGUGGAUACCAUGAUACUUACAAGUUGCAGCACAGUGUGUAUCCUGGCACGUGCUCGAGUGUGUGUGUGGACAGCAGGGUGGGACUGGUGUCUUCAGAGUCGUCCUCCUGCCCAAUUUGUGCCCAGGAAGGCGAUGGUGUUAAUUGCGACUCCAACAGUGAAUCGGACCCAGAGAAACAGGGGCCAGACAUCAGCUCAGAACAGAGCAAAAGAAACCAGGAUUUGGAUGAAAAGGAGUCUGGGAAUGAGAACUGUGUGUGUAUGUGUGUUCAUUAUGCCAGAGCCAUUUUGAGGCGGAUUGUGGACAGCGAGUACUUCAACAGAGGGAUAAUGAUAGCAAUCCUUAUCAAUACACUCAGCAUGGGAGUGGAGUACCAUGAGCAGCCGGAUGAGCUGACAGACGUGUUGGAGAUCAGUAAUAUUGUCUUCACUAGUUUGUUUGCGUUAGAGAUGCUCUUGAAGCUUUCGGCCUGCGGUUUGUUCGACUACAUCAGCAACCUCUACAACAUCUUUGACGGGAUCAUCGUUAUCAUCAGUGUGUGUGAGAUCGUUGGACAAGCGGACGGAGGGUUUUCGGUUUUGCGGACGUUUCGUUUGCUCAGGGUGCUAAAGUUGGUGCGGUUCCUCCCGGCUCUGCGCAGGCAGCUGGUGGUACUGAUGAAGACCAUGGACAAUGUGGCCACCUUCUGCAUGCUGCUGAUGCUCUUCAUCUUCAUCUUUAGUAUAUUGGGAAUGCAUCUGUUUGGGUGUAAGUUUACUCUGCGUUUGGAGAAUGGAGACACUGUGUCGGACAGGAAGAACUUUGACUCACUUCUCUGGGCCAUCGUCACCGUGUUCCAGGGUGAUGCUAGCAGAUCAGACACUGAUGAUGACAUGUCGUCUGACUAUGGGGAUGAGGACAAACUGAGAGAACUGCUGAACUCAGGAUCAGAGAUGAAAAUGCAGACAUUAUUCCCCAUCUCAAACGGACACCUGGAACCUCGGGCAUCCAUGCCACCUCACAACACACAUAUGCAGCUCAACGCCACACCCAGAACUGAGGUGUCACACAUCUACAGCCAAUCACGGCGCAACAGCAACACCUCCACUGAGCCGCAUGACCAGAGAUCCCUGUCCAGCCUUUGGGGAAGUCGCCGCUCCAGUUGGAACAGCCUUGGCCACGCCCCCAGUCUAAUGAGACGUGCUCAGUCAGGGGAGUGCGAAUCGUUACUUUUAGGAGUGGGACAGGACAGCAUGGAUGACAGCCAAUCAGAAGAUGGGAAAUCCAGCAGGACUGGCAGUCUGGGCGGAGUUUCGUGUCUGGGGUCGUUUGAUUUUCCAGAGCUCCUCCAAGUUCCACGCCCAUAUUUGGAGUGUAACGGCAGAAUAGAUGGAGGUUAUCCAUCCUCUCCCAACAUAACACGUCCCGAUCCACCAUCCACUCAGUGCGCAGAUGAUGAUGAAUUUGAGGAGAGCUGGUGUCUGAUUGUGAAGAGACUGUUGGAGCCUUAUAAACCCCAGUGGUGUAGAGACCAUGAGGAUUGGUCACUUUACUUAUUUUCGCCCCAAAAUAAGUUCCGUAUGCGCUGUCAAAAGGUCAUCACUCAUAAGAUAUUUGAUCAUAUUGUGCUGUUUUUCAUCUUCCUUAACUGCAUCGCAAUUGCUCUAGAGAGACCUGACAUCCAACCUGACAGCACGGAGCGGAUGUUUCUUAAAGUGUCUAACUGCAUCUUCACUGUGAUCUUUGUGGCUGAGAUGACUGUGAAGGUGGUUUCUCUUGGGCUGUAUGCUGGUCCAGGCUCGUACCUGAAGAGCAGCUGGAAUGUUCUAGACGGCCUGCUGGUAUUUGUGUCUAUUGUGGACAUCCUGGUCUCUCUCGCCUCCUCUGGUGGGAACAGAAUCCUGGGUAUCUUGCGAGUACUGCGACUGCUCAGAACACUAAGACCCUUGAGGGUCAUAAGCAGAGCUCCUGGACUGAAGCUGGUUGUUGAAACAUUGAUCACAUCUCUCAGACCUAUUGGAAAUAUUGUGUUGAUCUGUUGCGCUUUCUUCAUUGUCUUUGGCAUUCUAGGAGUUCAGCUCUUUAAGGGGAAGUUUUAUCAUUGUGAAGGCUUUGACACUAGAAAUAUCACCAAUAAAUCCGAGUGCCUGCAGGCUAAAUACAAAUGGGUCCGUAGGAAGUACAACUUCGAUAACCUGGGUCAGGCACUGAUGUCAUUAUUCGUCUUGUCAUCUAAAGAUGGCUGGGUCAGCAUCAUGUAUGAUGGCUUAGAUGCCGUGGCUGUGGACCAACAGCCCAAAAGGAAUCAUAAUCCCUGGAUGCUUCUGUACUUCAUCUCCUUCCUGCUGAUCGUCAGCUUCUUCGUGCUGAACAUGUUUGUAGGUGUGGUGGUCGAGAACUUCCACAAGUGUAGACAAGACCAAGAGGAAGAGGAGGCCAGACUGAGAGAGGAGAAGAGACAGAAGCGCAUGGAGAAGAGGCGCAGGAAGGCCCUGCAGAGGCCGUACUAUGCAGACUACUCUCCAACACGCCUCUUUAUUCACACACUCUGCACUAGCCAUUAUCUGGACCUCUUCAUCACCAUCAUCAUCGCCAUUAAUGUGCUCACGAUGUCAAUGGAGCACUACAGACAACCCAAGUAUCUGGAUGAUGGUUUGAAGUACUGUAAUUAUUUCUUCACGCUGGUUUUUGUGAUCGAGGCUGUGCUGAAAUUGGUUGCCUUUGGCUUUAGGAGGUUUUUCAAAGAGAGGUGGAAUCAGUUAGACUUGGCAAUUGUUCUUCUCUCCAUCAUGGGCAUCACACUUGAGGAAAUUGACCUGAAUGCCUCACUACCCAUCAACCCAACCAUCAUACGCAUAAUGAGGGUGCUGCGCAUCGCCAGAGUGUUGAAGCUGCUGAAGAUGGCCACAGGAAUGAGAUCUCUUCUGGAUACAGUAGUUCAAGCUUUACCGCAGGUCGGUAAUCUGGGUCUGCUGUUUAUGCUGCUGUUCUUCAUCUAUGCAGCACUGGGAGUCGAACUCUUUGGCAAGCUUGAAUGCACUGAGGACAACCCGUGUGAGGGAUUGAGCAGACAUGCUACAUUUCAGAACUUUGGCAUGGCGUUCCUCACUCUGUUCCGCGUUUCCACCGGAGACAACUGGAAUGGAAUCAUGAAGGAUACCCUGCGGGAAUGUAAAAAUGACAGAUGUCUGAGUUACCUGCCGCUUUUGUCGCCUCUGUACUUUGUGACAUUCGUGCUAGUGGCACAGUUUGUGCUGGUGAAUGUUGUGGUCGCUGUGCUCAUGAAACAUUUAGAGGAGAGUAACAAAGAUGCCCGUGAGGAGGCCGAGAUGGAGGCGGAGUUGAAGGAAGAGCUUCAUGGCAUUCGUAGACAAAGCACCGCCUCUGUGGGCGGAGCCAUCGGGCUUGAGGGUACAGCUGUUCAAAUGGAGACUCUCUCACAUGAACAGGGCCAAGACCCCAGUUACGGCAACUUCCUGACAGUUAGUAGGCCGUCUAUAUCACGGAUGCUGUCCUUACCUAAUGACAGUUACAUGCUCUAUCCUGUUAAGCCUGUAUAUGGGUCCAUUCAUGAGAGAAUCUCCAAACAGGACUCCACACUACCAGGCUCCUCUCUCUCACUCGGCACCCAGCCCUGUGAAGAUAGUGUCGUAAUGCAGGUUCCAGGAACUGCAUCUCAGACAAACCUGGCUGCCGCUCCUGCUCCCCAUCCUCUAAAUCAAAGAGCAAGAUCUAGCAAUGCCUUCAGAGCCCUGCGGAGACAGCAAGCAAUAAAGAGCGACUCCAUUGAUUCCACAAACGCUGACUCUAGAGACACCUUACACAUCCCGAGCAAACCCUGCUCCAGUGAUAACCUUCAUCUCAAAGUACCCAGCAUUCCCCUCACCGGUGGAUCUGCCCCGUGUUCGCCCCAGGCCUCACCUCCCCCUCCCCUCCGCAAUCGGACAGCGAGCGUACAAACAAACAGACACGUGUACAGCCAGCACAGCAUCCCCUGUCGACAAGCCGCGUACGAGACGCAAUCUAGAAAACCUCUAGAAAUAACGCACACACAUCCACAAACCAAACUACAGGAUUCGCAUGAGGUGGCCCGACUCAACACGAACGUUCCCCAAAGAAGAGCCUCUCAGCGGGUGGCACGCAACCAUAACUUGUCCCCUUAUGAACCACCCUAUUGUUCUGAAGCCCAGUCUCAAGACUCAUUACACGGUGGGGCAUCCCGCCAGCCGGGCACCAGUGCUCAAUGUCUACGGAAGUACAACAGUAUGGAAAAUAAUGGCUUCCUAUCUCAACUCCAAGUCCCUCGGCGUCACUCGACGCACGGGGAGGAGUUACUGCUUCAGCAGCAGCCACCUGGACCUUCUCCAACGCCCAAGAAGGAGAAAAUGAGUCCGCCCUGCAUCUCCAUCGACCCUCCCACCGACGCAGAGUUUCCGUCUCCAGCGGUCAGUCAGGAGCACAGCACAGUCCUAAGACGGCGGACACCAUCCUUCGACUCCGCACUACCACGGGAGUCCAUAGAUCUUCCUGGCAUGCAGGAUGAACCUCAUUUGCCAAGUCGUUUGCCCCUCCCACAAUUCUCUUUUGACCAAUCGGAUGUAAGUUCGCUGAGCAGCCUGUCGGAACUGCUUUCGGAUAGUGACCAGUCGACGCACUCCUUCCCUCCCGAGGCUCAGAGUCCACUCAGGAAGAAGGUAUUGGUCAGAAUGGCCAGCACUAGGGAUCCAGGAAAUGAGGAUUCGUUUGCCUAGGCGACCGCGCAGGAAGCCACUCGCGCAUUUCGCCUCUUCGCAAAGCAUUUUAAUAACAGGAAGAGGCGGUGUUGGCAAAAGUAUGCAAAUGUGUUUCUGAUGGAACUGAUGUUUUUUUGCCUGAUCAUAUUGAUUAGGGAACUUUUAUUAGUGUUCAUCACACACACUGAUGUUGUGACGUUUUAUGUGAGUUCAUAUGAACAUCCAUCACAGAAACAUGUUGCAUCGUGGCAUAUGAUUACUGCACAUAACCGUGCAAUUUUAACCCUCAUAUUUUGUUUGGGGUCUGAAAGGUUGAUAGUUUCAUAGCUCAAAAAGUGUCAUUUAAAGUUAUCCUGUAAAGC